CAUUUUCUUUUCUUUUAUAGGCAUCAUGGCCAAGGGCUUUAUAAACACUCCCGUUGAGGAGAACUCUAUAAACCGACCAUCAAGCUUAAACACUGGUGAAAUCCGCCAAGCACAAUCUGGUGGCGACUCACACACUGGAGGAGCAGAAGACGCACUAGAGGGAAGAAUAAGUCCCUCAAGCAGCACCACAGAGGAAAACGUAGUGUCUGCCGUCUCAUCGCCACCUCCAUACAGUGCCAGUUUCUCUCCAGCCUCUGCAUCUUCGGGCUCUCCAGGCCCCGAGUAUCAAGCAGGUCACCACUUCUCAACGCUGCCUCCUUAUCAGCAGAAUGCUAAUAGGUCUGUAGAGGAGCUCAAUGAACUAGCUUUACAGGACAGCGAAAACAAUAAUGUCGACGAAAACUCAAAUGACCAGCAGUACGACCAGUAUGCAAACUAUCACCAAGAGUACGGUCGUCACCAGUUCGUGCCAGACCAGUCUGUCAGGCCACGCACAAGGAUGAGUCAGCCAAGCAGCGAUGAACCCGACCACGUCCCUUACAAUUAUGAGUAUGCCAUUAGGAGACGCAGUGGAAGCUUUUCUCACAGGAGGAACCAGUCGGAGGAUCUCUCUCUCUCCUCAGCAUCCUUUGACACAGGACUGAGCUACCCACAGCUGCCAAAUGUCAACUCUGUUGCUGGUUACAGCCAGCCAGACAGAUUACCAAGACUACCUUCCCAUCCUGACCAUUGGGGUGAGGAGAGGCAUCCUCCUCGCUGUGCACAAACUGGGGCUCAUGACAUGGCGCGUGGCUGGUUUCCUCUAAGCUUAAGAGGUGGUGGAUUCGGGCCGCAGCCGCCACCAACGCAGGAAAAUGUUAGACAGGAGGCGCAAGAGCUGCUCCUAAACUUUACAUCAGACGCACUUCAACGUAACCAUCUGCCUGUGCCAGAAAAUGACAUAAUCAGAAAAGGUUUUAGCAAUCCUGCCUGGCUCAGGGCUGGACAGGAGUUAAGAAUGCUGGCAGAUGCUUUUGCCGACACAGAGGAGCGGAAGCGAGUGCGCCACAUGGCAGAGAGGGUCAACAUGGCGUCUAUCAACAUGGACAACUUUUUCCAUCUUUGUGGGGAACUUUUUCACGGUGGAAUCACAAGGGAACGCAUUGUGGCCCUGUUCACCUUUGUAGGGGAUGUUGCUGUGCACCAAGUGAGACACCGCGGAGAGCAGUUCCUCAGUGUGCUGCUCAAGUGGUCGUUUAGGUACUUGGUUGACCACAUUUGCAAGUGGGUCCAGGAGGCUGGUGGCUGGGGAGUGGUGCUGAACCAAAGUAUGAAUUUUCUCUACAAAAGUGUUGUGUUCAUGUGCUGCCUUGUUGGAACGGUCGCCGGUGGAGUCUACAUAUGGAAAUCCCUCAAGGAAAUGUAACAGUGACUGCAAGAUAGGUUUUAUCAUUCAUCACUGUUGAGAGAUGUCCACACAUAUUUUUUUCUCUUUCAGUAUCUUGUGAUGUUCUGCAUAAGGUGUUUUUAAAAAGAGUUGUCCGCAAUCAUGCAGAUGUUCUGCUGUUCACUCUUUCCUUGGCUUAUGAUUAUGCCUGUACAUAGGCUUAGUCUAAAGUGUUAGCAUCAGUUGUUGGAAAUAGUUGAAUAGACAAGUGUUUCUUGUGAUUUUUAAGGACUGAAUGAAGAAGAGCAUGUGAUUAGGUAUUACUGUUAUGUGAUAUUAUUUCUUAUGGCUAGAAAAUGAUCCCAUAGUUGCAGAGUGAAAACUUGCAAUAAUAAAAGGGAAAAGAUAGGAAAAUUAAAUUAUUAGAAAAAGUGAGAUGCACACUUUAACUUUUAUAAUUGAAGAGUUUAAAAUGUUUCUGUAAAUAAUUGAGAGUUCUCUCUCUAGACAAAGGACAGGUGUGACAUAAGGUUAAAUUUUACAUAUUUUUUUUUUAUCAUCACCAUUGGUGAAAAAAUGUCUGAUAUUUAACAAGGGUACUAGUACAUUCAGUGUCAUAAUGUCAUUAUUAUUGUUAUUUUAUUAUUAUUAAUGUUAUUAUU